AUGUCUGCUCGUCGCGCAACCCCGUCAGCAGACAAAGCCGCGAAAAACCAAGCCGUCAUAAAGGAACUGCUCAAGUUACCUAAGAACAAGCAUUGCGCCGAUUGCAAGAGAAAUGCGCAUCCGAGAUGGGCUAGCUGGAACCUGGGGGUCUUCGUCUGUAUAAGAUGUUCUGGUAUACACAGGGGAAUGGGAACUCAUAUCAGCAGAGUAAAAUCGGUGGAUCUCGACUCAUGGACGGAUGAACAGCUCCAAAGCGUUUUAAGAUGGGGAAACUCGAGGGCUAACAAAUACUGGGAAGCCAAGCUUGCACCUGGGCACGUGCCAUCCGAAUCAAAAAUAGAGAAUUUUAUUCGGACGAAGUAUGAAUCUAAGAGAUGGGUUAUGGAAGGUGGAAUGCCAGAUCCAUCCUCGUUGGAUGACUCGGAUGCUGAGGAUACUCCGCUGGGUGUUGUAAAGAAGAAGCAGGAAGCCCACGCUGCGUCCUCGCCGCCACCAGCGAGGAGGCCACCGCCAAAUUUAUUCGAUGCAGACCCGAUUGCGCCACCUACAAAAACGGCAAAAUCUCCACCACCUGCUGCGCCUGUGGUACCGGCCCAGCAAGCUCAGAAGCCUGCACCCAAACCCGCGGAUUCUCUCCUCGGCCUUGACUUUUUUGGACCAGCGCCAACUGGAUCUCCCCGUUCAGCAUCUGCGGGAUCGAACCCUGCUAGUGCAUCUGGCGGAUCCACUAGACCAGAUUUGAAUCGAUCAAUCCUCUCACUUUACUCGUCGGCACCUAAACAAACUCAACGAGCGCAUCAGCACACUAACUCUGGAAGCUUUGGAGGACUCGGGUCGCCGACAAUGCAAUCACCAACAAACAAUACUGGUGUAAAUGAUUUGUCCGGUGCCUUUGGUGAUCUGACUUUCGCGGCAGCCCCUGCUCCCCAACCAGCUGCGGCCCCUGCCCCCCUUAAGCCUUCGCCCUUUGCCAAUCUCACAGCUGGUAUGAUGAAGUCGACACCAACGACUUCAUACAAUGGAGGCAGCAAUGCCUUCUCAAAUUUUGGUUCGGCAACUGUGACAAAACCUGCAGCUACUUCGUCAUCUAUGGGAGAUUUGUUUGACCUCGGUUCUACUCCAUCCUAUCAACAAAAACCGGCCCAGCCUCAACCUUCGAGUAACCUUGGACUAGGGAAUGCAUGGGCCUCGUCCCCAUCUUCCAAUAAUAAUAGCGGAGGAUCCGCUGGUUUCAAUUGGAGUACUCCUUCAACGACAACAGCCUCUAGGCCACCACCAAAACCCGCUGUUGCCGACGAUGACGACUUUGGAGCCUUUUCAUCUGGUGGAUUUUCUAGCAACCCCCCGGCUAACAAACCAGCGGUAAAGUAUGACGACGAUAUUUUCAAGAACGUCUGGGGCUAG